AUGAACACCAAAAUAUCUAGGGAUAUUUGCCUCAGAGCAUGCGGUCUGCCGAACGUUAACUGCAAAGUCAUUCACCUUAGGAAAAAGUCAGACAGAUCGACUUGCCCCCUUUUGUUUAUGUUUGGCUGUUGUAACGAUGCUAAGCAGUUUAUUGAUUUGAGCAAAAAUAUUAGCUCACUAAUUCCAUACAAAAAUAUAAAAGUCACUCCAGACCUUACGCCCUGUCAACGUCGUGUAAGAAGACGUGAAGCGAUAGAAUUGAAUGGGAGUGUUACAGUUAAUAAUCAGCCAGAGACAGGUUGCAACAUAGCAAAUAGUUUAAAACAUACGAACAAUAAGCAUGAGACCACUCCACAUACGGCUGAUCACUCUGUUGAUCUAGAUGAGUCUACAGAUCAGAAACCUUUGGAUAAGAUACGGACCCCAACUGACAUCAAAAACCAUAACGACAUGACUAAUCCCAGCUGUUCGUUCAGUAAUGUACUAAAAUGUGAGUCGUGUAACAACACACAUCCAACUAAACCUAUACACUUGAAAAUUUGUCCUCCUAAAGACAUUCCACAAGUAGACUUGAAUGAACGUAAGUUCAUCUCACAAAGACAACGAAAGAAUCCUGCUCUGAAAAUAAAGGGUGGGAAGACAAAACUCAUGAUACCGAAUAGGGAAACACGUAAGAUUGAACCCAACUGCUCUAUAGGUAUCCCAAGAACAGUGAACAGGUUCUCCCCGCUGCUAUCGUAUAACUUGCCUUCAACACCUCCAAGUUGCAAAAAGGGUGGUGGGCUUCGACAUAGCAGACCUUCUUACACGCAGACUAACGAAAACUACCAGAGAACUGGCCACCCAAAUCACCCCCUGAAGCCUAAAACCAUAAAUAAGAACGGUAAUAAUAGGUUUCUAACUCCACACCCUACCUACAUUCCCCAGGAUCGCAACUGUAAUUACUCUCAAAAAGAAAACUUCUCAUACCCUUUAGUGCCGACCCAUCACAUAACAACGGCUCUCAUGUAUAACAACAGUCGCAACUCCUCCCAGUUACGCGUAGCAGACCCCUCUCGCGCUAA